GCGUGCCCGCGGCGGGGCAGCGUCCUCCUCAUCGCUCUCGGGGUUGGCUUCUCCUCCCCUUCCGGUUCGGGUUCUGGUUCGGUUCGGGUCCGAGAGUAGCUAGCCUAGUCUAGGGUUUCCGUAGAGAGGAAGGGAGAGGGAGAUCCAUCCAUGGCGGAGACGGAGUACCGCUGCUUCGUGGGCGGCCUCGCCUGGGCCACCGACGACAACAACCUCCAGCAGGCCUUCAGCCAGUACGGCGAGAUCCUCGACGCCAAGAUCAUCAACGACCGCGAGACGGGGAGGUCCCGCGGGUUCGGCUUCGUCACGUUCGGCAGCGAGGAGUCGAUGCGCCAGGCCAUCGAGGAGAUGAACGGCAAGGAGCUCGACGGGCGCAACAUCACCGUCAACGAGGCCCAGUCCCGCCGCUCGGGCGGAGGGGGCGGCGGCGGCGGCGGCUACGGCGGCCAGCGCGGCGGUGGCGGAGGCUACGGCGGCGGCGGCGGCUACGGAGGCGGCGGCGGCGGCUACGGCGGCCAGGGCGGUGGCGGCUACGGCGGCCAGCGCGGUGGCGGCGGCGGCUACGGCGGCGGCGGCGGCUACGGCGGUGGUGGCGGCUACGGCGGCCAGCGCGGCGGUGGCGGCGGCGACUCCGGCGGCCAGUGGAGGAACUGAGCCUCGAAUCUCCCAGUUAUCGAUCUAUCUACCGUGUCGUCGUCGUCGUCUUCGUUAGCAAGUUAUCUUCGGUGUCGUCGUGUUCCUGUGUCAGUCUGAGUCGUCGUGUGUGUGGUGUUUUUGAUCGCGAGCUCGAGUGUCGCUCUGUCCGGGGUUAAUUAGAGCUGGUUACGCGAGGAAGAAACAACAUGUGUUACUAUCUUUCAGUCGGUCGGUCGGUCGGUCAGUCGGUGAUGCAGCAAUCCCCUUCUGUCAUGGAUUGGGAUGUGAUGUUGGAAUAUCCUAUGUUUGAACAAGUUUAAAUGGAUGAAGAAAAUGCAAGUCAUAGCUGCGAAA